AAAGUUUAAAAUGAUGUUAAAGCAAAACCUACCUAACGACACCUCUCAUAUUAUGCAUUUCAUUUGUCCGUCAAUUAUAGGAGAUGAUGCAGCAUGCAGCUCUAUCCGUAACUUAUGCUACAUAUGCAAUCUUCAAUCAGUGAGGGUAAACAGAAGGUGAUGUGAAUGCAAGCAUAGGUAGUAUCAAUUCCAUUACAAAUUUUGAUCUAGCAUUGAGCACGUGAUUCAUCCUUCUCCAAAAAUGGCCGUGGUCCUAGAUUAUUUUGUUUCAAGAUACCUUGGCAAAUUAUCCGAUUUUAUCGAGGGAGAGAUAUGUAAAGUGCUAGGGGUUAGAGAAGAAAUUGAGAGACUUCAUAGAAAAUUAUCAAGAAUCAAAAUCUAUAUUCAAGAUGCAGAAAAAAGAAGACAUAGAGAUUCUGCGAUCAACAAUUGGGUGAAGGAAUUAAAAGACAUCAUGUAUGAUGCAGAAGACAUACUUGAUCUUUGCAUGGUCGAAGGUGGAAGAUUUUUGGAAGCUCAACCAUCUGCUUCUUCAUGGGUACGCUCUCGGUUAAGUAAGCUUUCAUCUUACCUGAUGUCAUCUCCUAAUGAAAAUGCUUCUAAGUUCAGUAGAAAUAUUUGGAAUCAAAUAAAAAGAGUUAAUGACAGACUUGAUGAAAUAAAAGAGGACAGUAGCGUUGUGCCCAGAUUACUCGAGCACAUAACUGAAGACCUUCAAGACAACCCAGGAAAAAAGUCAUCUCCUACCUCUCCCACACAUGUGGCGACAGAUGUUGUAGGGACACAAAUUGUUGAUGCUGCCCAAAACUUAAUUUCGAAGAUAGAGCAAAGCAAAAAAAUGUGUAGUGUGUUGGGAAUUUCUGGUAUGGGUGGAAUAGGCAAGACCACUUUAACACAAAAAAUAUUCAAUGAUGAAAUGGUGAAAAAACAAUUUCCAAAAAGAGUGUGGUUACAUGUAUCCAAGGAUUGCUCUCAUAUUAAUAUACUCAAAGAGUUACUGAGAGAAGUAGGAGGAAAUGAUAAUGGUCUUCAAAGUAGAGCAGAAAUUGAAAGAAGAAUUGUUCCUCUUCUUUCAGAAAGUUUGCUUCUUGUGCUGGAUGAUAUAUGGACAGCAACUGUAUGGAUGGAUUGGCUUAGAAAUCUCAUUUUGAACAGUUCGUGUAGGACUGCUAUCUUAUUUACCACUAGGAAUGAAAAUGUGGUAAAAGAAAUGAGACCUGAUUUUGUCCACCAUGUUAAGAAAAUGAAAGAUGACAGUGGUUGGGAAUUAAUUAGAAAGAUUAUUUUUGGAGAUGAGGAGGAUAUAAUAAUUUCUGAAUUAGAAGAAGUUGGUAUGGAAAUUGUCAGAAAAUGUUACGGUCUUCCUUUGGCAAUUAAAGUGAUUGCUGGUGUUUUAUUUCACAAGAAAAGGACUAAGAGGGAGUGGAAAAAAGUUGUUGAAAGUGAUUUAUGGUUUAUGAAAGAGAUCGAUGAUGAACUAUCCAAUGCUUUAUACUUGAGCUAUGAGGAUUUACCCAGUCACCUCAAACAAUGUUUUCUUAGUUGUGCUUUCUACCGUGGUGUAUCAUUGCGAUCGGACAUAAUCCGACUGUGGGUGGACGAAGGGUUUGUGAUUGAACAAUCAGAUAAUUUGAUGGAAAAUAUUGCAGAAGAUUACUACAAAGAACUUAUUGCAAGAAACCUUUUGCAAAUUGAUUUUAGAUUCUUAUUUGGUGUACGAUUUGUUAUGCAUGAUGUUUUACGAUCUCUUGGGGAAAAACUGAUGGAAGACGAAGCGAUUUUCAUUAAUGAUGCUCAAUGCAGAAGUACAAAUUCUUUGACAAAGGUUCGUUGUUUGUCCAUCUCAAACCAGGCUGAUGUGUUAUUGCUUCCCGACGCGAUUAUAGAGCAGAAGUGUUUAAGAGCUCUACACUUCACUAAUUGCCCUCAAAUCGAGCGUAUAGAUCAGAAUCAUGCAUUUGAAAGCUUAAAGUAUCUCAGAGUCUUUCAUUUGAAUGAUACAUCCAUAGGCAGCUUCCCAGAUUCUCUUAUGAAAUUGUUUCAUCUAAAAUACUUGGAUCUUGAUCGAACAAAGAUUACAAAGCUUCCUGAAUCCAUUGAGUGUCUUGCAAACCUGCAAACUUUGAGUCUGUCGGGGUGUGAAUCACUGCAUGAACUUCCAAAGGGCAUCACAAGGUUGAGCAAUUUGAGGUGCCUUCGAAUUGAGAAUACUCCUCUCACCCAUGUUCCAAAGGGAGUUGGGAAGUUGAAAAAUCUCAACCAUCUUGAUGGAUUUUUGGUUGGCCAUUGUGACUCCAUGAUCAGGAUGGAUGGAGGUUGUGACUUGGACGAGUUGCAAGACUUGUGCAACCUAAUGGAUCUGUUUAUUGAUAAAUUAGAAAGGGCAACAACGAGAGGAAACAGAAACUUUGUGCUUGCGAACAAACUAUUUCUUAGGAUAUUGACUCUUGUAUGGAGAGUGAAUAAUGAAAAAAAUGAGGAGCAAAUCACUGAGGCAGAGAGGAUAUGCAACCAACUCAGUCCUCCACCGACUCUAGAAGUUCUUCGCAUCGGCAAUUUCGUAGGCCGACAGUUUCCAGAGUGGAUGGUGUCAACUUCUAUACUUGAUUCUUUGGUUGACCUAACAUUUUUGACUCUUAUCAUUUUUCCAUCAUGUACGGCGCUGCCUCCAUUGGGCCAACUACCCAAUCUUAAAAUCCUAAACAUUGAAGUAGGAGAAGCAAUCAAGAGUAUUGGGCCUGAAUUCCUCGGCUGCAGAACGCCUGCAUUCCCAAAACUCGAGUAUCUUGCAUUCGAUAGCAUGCCUAAUUGGGAAGAAUGGGUAUUACGUGUGGCACAAGAUGUUGUGGAUCCUAUCGAGGAUGUUCAUGCAAGAAACGUCAAUUCGUUUCCUAAUCUGAAAGAAUGUAACAUCAUCCACUGCCCAAAGCUGAAAAAUAGCAUCCUUCCCUUAACGAGGCAUUUGCAAAUUAAACUCUGCCCAAAUUUGGAAUAUGUGGAGAAUCUGGGCAUGUUGCAGCAAUUGUUUGUUAUUUUCCCCCCAGAAUUACAACAACUUCCACAGUGGGUGUCAAACCUAAUUAAUGCCACUUUGCAUAGUUUGCAGACAUUUGACAUGGAAUGCAAUUCACUUCUACUAGAUAGUUGUAGUAAGGGGAAGCAAAAUUGGCACAUCAUUCAAAAAAUUCCAAAAGUUACUAUUAAUAGCAUUGAUCGUGAAGCACGCUUAUUGUUCCAUAAGGGCUCAUACAAAUACGAAAAAAAGAAUGAGUUUGGAAGUUUCAUCACCCUUGAUUAACCAAGUGACAAAAGGCGAAGUGCUUGCCUCCAACAUCUCUGCCAGCCUACCCGAAGAUCAAUACAGAGGAGGUAAAUCAUGAUAACUGAGGAGGCAAAUUGAUUGGAUGGUGAGUUACACAGGAUCCAAGACCUCAUGUGAUAAACAACCAUCCAUUUACCAUCUCACCUAUGGGGGCAUAGAAAGGAUCAACCAAGCUUCCAUGGGAAUGGUUUCCUCUAUUAUGUUCAAGGUUAGUAAAGAAUUAAUGCUGGAUUUUAUAAUAUCAUCACAAAUAAAAUGUAUUUGUUUCUUUAUUGCUACUUGAAGAUCGCUUGUUGGAAUUGGUAUAAUUUGACUUAAGGCACAUAUUUCCACUAGAUCGUAUUGGUGUUUGGUGACACACUUCUUCUAUCUAUAUAUAAUUUAUCCUUGAAUUCUAGUGUUUGUAGAGGCUUGCAUCUCUUUUGCUUUUAUUCUUUUGUCGAAAAAGAUUAUUUGUCUCUAUAUUUUGAAAAAAUAUUUUGGAUUGUGAAUUGUAACUUGUAAGCUAUUUAUUUGUGUCUUCUUCCUUAGAAAUGCUUUGAAUGGUACAUUGUAAGUCGUAAGCUAUUAAUUAUUUGUUUCCUCCAUUGUAUAUUGUUGGAAUGAUAUUGCAUAUUGUAAAUUACUAUUUGUUGUAGCUCUACCUAUAUUGAAAUAUUACCAUUUCAUUUCUUUAAAA